AUGGAGAUGGAGAGUUUGGAGGAGGAGGCCAAGAAGAGGAACAUGAGCAAGAAGAAGCACGCGAGGCUCCACAAAUCAUUCCGCCACUUCUCCAAGGCACUCAAGAAGCUCAAUGGCCAUGGCCGUCCAAGCGCCAACGACAACCCAUCCCCCGCCUCCACCAGCUCGUUCCUCUCCGCGUGCAUGCACCCUCGGACCCACUCCUUCUCCUUCCCCGGCGGCCGCCAACGCCACGUCGAUGCCCAUAACCGCGACAACGACGACGAUGCUCUCGCCGCCGGCUUCCGGUCACUCCGGAUCGGCCCGACGGCCGUUCUUGAUGACGACGGCGACGACGGUUCGUCGACGCAGGAAGAUUACGAUGGCGUCGAGAGCGAGGAGGGCACCUCGCAGGCGAUGGCUGCCACCAAGGCAGUGGUGGCCGGUUCAAGCGGCGGCGUGGCGGUGGUGACGUUCUCCGUCGCGCCGUACGAGGACUUCCGGCGCUCCAUGCGAGAGAUGGCCGACGCGCACUGGGCAAGGCGGGAGGCGGCGGCGCCGGCGGUGGACUGGGACUUCAUGGAGGAGCUGCUCUUCUGCUACCUCCAGCUCAACGACCGAGCGGUGCACAAGGACAUCCUCCGGGCGUUCACCGACACGGUCGCCGCGCUCCGGCGGAGGCGCAGGGCGCCGAAGCCGAAGAGCAGGCGGACACGGCGUCGGCAGCCCAAGGGUGACGACGGAGGAAACGUUGGUGACGUCGAGGAGACGGUGGCUUCGUCGUGA